UCAAUGGGAACAGCAAUACUUGAAAAUCUUUCUGUCAUUCCUAACUUUCAUGGAAGUACAAUUUUUUUUUUUUUUUUUGCUUAAAAAUCUGUUCUGAACUAAUUAUUUUCAUCAUCAGCACUGAGUGUUGUUGAGAAUGAUGGAUUGGGCGAAAACAAUUUUCUCCAUUUCUAUGUUUGAUUAAAUAUCUGUUUGAUAGCUUAUCCAUUUGAAGUGGACAAGGGCGGUCAACAAGUCUUUUUAAAGAGUCGUUGAGAGGAGUGCACAGCCAGUACAUCUGCAACAGGAUGAAGACCCUAUUAAUAUCCAUCUUACUCUUGGUGGUAGCUAAUGGUGGUCCAGUCCAUCAGGACGACUUCAAAGAAAUCAUCGAUAUUGUCAACUCAUCUGGAGCUAAAUGGAAAGCAGGCCAGAAUUUCGGAGAGAACAUAACAAUAUCAUCAUUGAAGAGGUUGCUGGGAGUGAAGAGAGAUAGGCUCUGGAAACUGCCGCUGAGAGCACACAACACCAUCCCAGACUCAAACAUCCCAGACAGUUUCGAUGCAAGGGACAACUGGCCUGCUUGCGAAUCCAUUCGUCACAUCAGGGACCAGGGAACCUGCGGAUCUUGUUGGGCAGUUGCUGCUGCUGGAGCUUUCACAGACAGGUUAUGCAUUGCUACAAACGGCACCUUCAAUUUGCCACUCUCUUCAGAGGAACUGCUGGCCUGCUGCUCAAGAUGUGGAUUUGGCUGUGGUGGAGGAUAUCCCGGUGAAGCAUGGAGGUAUUUUGCCGAAAACGGUCUCGUUACCGGAGGAGACUACAAAUCUAACGUGGGCUGCCAACCGUACGAAAUCGUAGCUUGCUCGCACCACAUCAACGGAUCGUUGCCGUCCUGCGACACCUUACCGAAAUCAGAGACUCCCCAGUGCCAAAGGAAAUGUACGAAUCCAGCCUAUUCUGGGUCCUUCUCGUCAGAUCACCACAAAAUUGAACACGCUUACUCCGUUAUCUUUAGCGUGGAAGAUAUUCAGAAGGAGAUAAUGACCUAUGGCCCCGUGGAAGCAACGUUCACAGUUUACGGAGACUUCCCGACUUAUAAAUCAGGCGUUUAUCACCAAGUGACUGGCUGGGCUCUUGGGGAGCAUGCAGUGAAGAUCAUUGGCUGGGGCGUUGAAGAUGGCUCACCCUAUUGGAUAGUCGCUAACCAAUGGAACGAGAGCUGGGGUGAUAAAGGAUUUUUCAAAAUACUGAGAGGAAAUGAUGAAUGCGGCAUUGAAUCUGAAAUUGUUGCCGGUAUUCCUAAAGUGUAA